ACCAGUCACUAACCGUAAUAUGCACAUACCACAUGGCACAUACGACAUACGUGGAGUGUUGCCACUAUAGGGUUUAAGAAAUUGGAAAACCUCCAGGACAAAAAAGAGAGAACAAAACUUUCAUAAAAUCCUAUGUUCCUAUGCUGUAAAUAGAAUUGAAUCGAAACAAAAAUGCCGGUUUUAACGCGCUUUCAAAAAUACGCUAUUAUUGGUAUCGGAAGUUUGGGAGGAACGGCUUUUUUUUACGCAAAUUCUUAUGGUGAUCGUGAACAUCCGCAAGUUACUAAUUCUUGGACGACGAAUUUCACACCCUCGGUCAAAUGGGAUUCCAAUUGGGAUAGGCGAGAUCCAAAAUGUUUGGUUAAACCAAUGAAAUCUUCCACUGUCAGUAAUGAGGUUGACGAGAACAAACUCAACGAAGCGUACGAAGCAAAAAAACCAAAAGCUGUCAGACACCUGAUUCUCAUUCGUCAUGGUCAAUAUAAUCUUGAAGGAAAAACAGAUGCUGAAAGGACACUCACUGAGCUUGGUAGACGUCAGGCAGACUCCACAGGAGCAAGAUUAGCGGAGCUGGGUCUACCAUACACAUUGCUAGUGAAGUCUACCAUGAGCAGAGCGCAAGAAACAGCUAAAAUUAUUGAAAAACAUUUACCUGGAGUUCCAGCUAUAGAAGAUGGUUUAUUAAUCGAAGGAGCUCCUAUUCCACCAGAACCACCGCUAGGUCAUUGGAAAUCAGAGCGAUAUUUCUACGAAGAUGGGCCACGGAUUGAGGCAGCGUUUCGAAGAUACUUUCAUCGUGCGGAUUACGAUCAAGAAAAAGAUUCUUACACAAUUCUAGUCUGUCACGCGAAUGUAAUUCGAUAUUUCGUGUGUCGCGCAUUACAAUUUCCGCCAGAAGCGUGGCUCCGAAUUUCCCUGAAAAACGCAAGUAUCACGUGGCUCAGUAUAGUCCCAAGUGGUCGUGUAACCCUUCGAUGUCUUGGAGAUGCUGGUCACAUGGUUCCUCAGAAUCUUACGACCACAUGAGUAUUAAAACGGCGACGACGCCAACAUAUGAAUUCAAUUUCAAUGAUAUUUCUCAUCGCCGAAAAUCGGAAAAAACAUAUUCAAGUGAACAAGGCACAAAUGUACGAGGCAGUAUUUCAACGCCCUCCGGAAUUACGCGUACAAUUUAUUGUUCAGGGAUGAUGGAGUGUUAGUGGACGAUUCAUCGGUCUACUAAAGUUGUCAUUUUCAUUACAUUAUAUUUUUUCUUUAUUGUAUCUUGAA